AUGAAGGUCAUCUCUGCUGUCGCCUUUGCCUCGCCUAUCAUGGCCGCUGCUCUCGGUCGAGCUGUGACCCCCAUCGCCGAUCAGGCAAAGAGCACUUUCGCUGAGCUCGAUGACAUCCAGGUCCUCUGCGGUGUUCCCAAGCCCGACAACGAGCUCCCCGCUACGUCCUACAGCUACCCCAUCGGCCUGCUUCUCAGCAGCGGAGACAAGCGUCUUCACAUCGAUGCCGGCCCAGGCAACUGCAAGCAGGCGGCCUGCGGCAGCAAGAGCGGUGCCGGUGUCAUCGUCUGCAACGACGAGAAGAAUGGCGUCGAUCUGUUGUACUCGGACAUUGGAUUCUUUGCCCAGCAGGUCUACAACACGUGCAAGCAUCGCCGCGAUGACAUCGACUACGUCGAGAAGGGCCAGGCCUUCUGCCCUGACGGCUGGAACGUGAUCCUGACCGAUGUUGGCACCGACUGCCACGCCUCGACUAUCCCAUCCAACUAA